UCCUUCCGUCCGUCCUUUCUUCCUUCCUGCUUCGCCUCACGUUUCGCGAUAUGGGGCAGAGCCUCCGUUCCGCCAGCACCACCUGAGGAUCCCGGAAACCGCACCAGCGAUGGAAGAGGACCAGGAGCUGGAGAGGAAAGCAAUAGAAGAACUGCUAAAGGAGGCAAAGCGUGGGAAAACUAGAGCAGAAACAAUGGGACCUAUGGGUUGGAUGAAGUGUCCUCUUGCUGGCACAAAUAAAAGAUUCUUAAUCAACACAAUCAAGAACACAUUGCCUUCCCAUAAGGAGCAAGAGCAUGAACAAAAAGAAGGCAAUAAGGAACCUUCGAAAAGCCAGGACCAGAAAGAAGCAAACCCGAAGAAGCACAGAAGCCAUCCCUACAAGCACAGCUUGCACACUCGAGGCUCAGUGGGGUACUCCCCCCAAAGAAAGCGGGGCACCCGGGACAAGUGUGACCCGCGGCCCAGCAGGCGGUGAGGCUGAGGGAGGGGCCGGCCCACGCCAGCUGAGCCUGCACUGCCCUGGGACUGGGGUGUGCGAGGACAGGUGAGCCGGCAGGGCAGAUGCCUAAGAGCCAUCUUCCCAGUAGGUCCUUUGUUGUUUUUAAAGGUGGCUGUUGGUGGCAGGUAAAAAAAUGACCUUAAGACUCAUCAAGGAAUAAUUACAAAGGGACUUGCUCUGAAGAUGUCGUGGCAUGUGUGGGCUGCUUUGGCAGUGUAGUAUACAUCUGUGUUACUUUUAUCCUAUUUUGUUUGGAAGUUAGUUUCAAAACCUGUAAAUCUAGAAUUUAAAGUUUUCAGAUUGUUAAAACUAGUCCCAGUUUUUUGAUGUGCUGCACUUUUGGUCAUUUCUCAAAAUUUCUCAAAAAUAAAAUACUUAUAAAUCCUA